CUUUGAUUUCGUACGUAUCCCAACAUGCAUCAAAAUUAGGUAUUUUUAGCAAUUAGAAACCAAGCACUUGAACAUGAAGUUAAAGCGAUUUCUUCUACGAUACUAUCCUCCUGGGAUCAUAUUGGAGUAUGAACAGGGAGGAAACUUAAAAACCAAAUCAAUUGACUUGCUGGACCUGAAAGUAGAAACUGAUGUUGAUGCUGUGGUUGAUGAAAUAGCCAGGAAGGAGCCAUUAAUUACAGCAACUAAAACAGAACAAGUUAGAAAACUGGUACAAAGAUUACAAGAAAAACUUGCCCAAAAGGAUGAUCAUCACUUUUACUUAUUCAAGGUGCUUAGAGCCCAUAUCUUACCACUUACCAAUGUUGCAUUUAACAAAUCAGGGUCCAGUUUUAUCACGGGGAGUUAUGACAGGACAUGUAAGGUGUGGGACACAGCUUCAGGGGAGGAGUUACAUACCCUGGAGGGACACCGUAAUGUAGUGUAUGCUAUCGCAUUCAACAACCCCUAUGGAGACAAGAUAGCCACAGGUUCCUUUGACAAAACUUGUAAACUGUGGAGUUCAGAAACGGGGAAAUGUUAUCACACAUUUAGAGGGCAUUCAGCAGAAAUUGUGUGUCUGAGUUUUAACCCCCAGAGUUCUGUAGUGGCCACUGGAAGUAUGGACACCACGGCCAAAUUAUGGGACGUCCAAACGGGACAGGAACUCGUCUCUCUUUCUGGUCAUUCUGCUGAGAUUAUCUCCCUUUCUUUUAACUCCACUGGUACUCAGCUUAUAACGGGGUCCUUUGAUCACACAGUUUCCGUGUGGGACAUCAACUCAGGAAAGAGGAUACAUUCACUAAUAGGACACAAAGCGGAGAUCAGUAGUGCACAGUUUAACUGGGAUUGCUCACUUAUUGCCACAGGCUCCAUGGACAAAACCUGUAAAAUCUGGGAUCCACCUUCAGGCCGAUGUAUAGGUACCCUGAGAGGUCAUGACGAUGAGGUGUUAGACGUGGCCUUUGACUACACGGGUCAGAUGUUACUGACAGCAUCAGCUGAUGGGACUGCCCGGUGCUACAACGCUGUCUCCCACAAUCUCAUCUCAAAGUUUGAGGGCCAUGAAGGGGAAAUCUCUAAGAUAACAUUUAACCCCCAAGGAACCUCAGUGUUGACAGCCAGUUCGGAUAAGACGGCACGACUCUGGGACCCAGAAACGGGGAGAUGUAAACAGAUCCUGGAGGGGCACACAGACGAAAUCUUCAGCUGUGCAUUUAACUACGAGGGAAACACCAUCAUUACUGGAAGUAAAGAUAACACAUGCAGAAUAUGGAGAUGAGAGAGGUUAAUGUUCUAAUAAUAAACAGUAUUAUGGUGCCAAUGCUUGAUGCCUCAUUUUGUCUGUGUCGUCGUAUGCCCUCGAUGGACUUAAAAGCAUUUAAAAAAACAUCAGCAUGUUAAUUCCAUAUUCACAGAGGAAGCUCCAAGAGUUGUUUAUUAAAGCCAUCAUCUGGACAUUUCAAUAUUUACCCAAAAAAUUAAUUCUGGCCAAGAUUUAGGGAAUGUUGUUUGAAGGACUGUUAUUUACAUCUUUCUUUAUCUAUUUGUGAAGUGUCCAAUUGUUGAAAUCCUUUUCUUUAUGCGGUAAAAAAAUAUUUUUGGUUCCUAGAACCAAUUAAUUUACAUCUGUACAUAAUUAAUAUCAACUGUUUAUUUAACUGAAAUCCAUUCCU